AUGCUCAAACUUGCUGCAUUUGUCAUUUUUGUGAUAGGAUCGGUGUAUGGGCAGGCGUUCACAUGCCCUACUUCAUCAAUAACAGUUGCCACGUCCACCGGAAACUUACCAACUGGAGCUACAAAUGUGACCACUGUUCCAACAGGGACUAACUGUUCCUUUGUGUUCGACAUUCCCAACAACUACGUGCUCCUUCUAAAGUUCUCCAUCGACUUCCAAUCGGAUGAUGACUACGUUUUCAUUUAUGACAAUAACGACAGGCAUAAGUAUUACAUGACUAAUCCAGGAUACGCUUAUUAUGACUCUCCAUUGUACAUGCCGGCUAGGAGUGCACAAGUCCGAGUGGUUGGAGUCUCGGGGAAUAGUAGAUUCUUUAUGAGUUAUCAGUAUCAGUCAUUGUCCGGCUACCAACAAAUCACUAAAAACACCGGAGACGCCUUCUCAUUGACCACCACCACUGACUACGUCUACUUCACUAUCACAGCGUCUACUGCUAAUGAUCAGGUAGUACCAAAUUUUGCUCAAACCGCUGGAGCUUCACUGGACCCGUACCUUCAUGAUAUCUUUGUUUAUGACGGAGACAAUAUUAACACUGCCACCUUCCUCGGAAAUCUCGAUGACAUUGGAUCGACACUCACCGUAUCCUCUGGUCGCAGUCUAUCUUUUGUGAAUCCAUACGGCGAAACUUCUGAUCCAUCCGCUUGGUUCCUUGGUAACGACGCUUCUGCUGUUCAAGGCUACAAUAAGUAUUUCGCAUUGUUGGCAACAAGUCAGACGAUUAUCAGUGGAUCGCUGUCGGAUGUCUCCGAAUUCGGUGCGGCUUACACAUUCAUUUGUGUGGAUUGUCCGACGUUUUACUGGACAGUUAUGCAGUUUGAUAUGUCGAUAACUGCCAAUAGAGGAUAUAUCAGUUUCCAAGGACAGACACCGACUCAGAAGAGAGAGAAGUUGGUUAGAUAUGACCCAUCAACCUACUCCCAAAACUACCUCCCACAAAUCCUGCCAACCAACACCUUCACCAUCAACCUCUUCAUGGCUCGAGUCAUUUUCAAUGUGACCACAACUAAUGGCGCUGCGAACUUCCAUAUUCCAUAUGACGGUCGUCAAGGAUACAUUUUCUCUCCAAACCUGUGGUCUGGCGCUUCUAACUCCUACCAGUACGAAUUACGAGAUGACUCUGCUCUCUUCAAUUAUACACUCAACUUUGAUAAAAUGUCAUUCGCAAGUGUAAAUGAUCAAUUGACACUAAAGAUUGGAUCAGGAACUGGAGCGCCUACUGUAGAUAAGCAAUAUCCACGUGAUACAUUUGGCACCAAUAUUACGGCAUCUGGAAACUACAUGCAGAUUGGGUUAGCCGCAUCAGAUCAGUCGGAUAUUCGACUCUCGUAUCAGAUGACUCAAUCUUCAGCUUCCAUCUGCCCAACAACUCCAAUAAAUGCCACCUGGUUCUCUGGAAACUUACCGAUUGGAGCAACUAAUAUCACUACUAUUCCAGCGGGCACCAAUUGCUCAUUUAUGUUCGAUAUUCCCAACAACUACGUCAUCCUUCUGAAACUCUCAAUCGACUUCCAAUCGGAUGAUGACUACGUUUAUAUCUACGAUAACUACGACAACCACAAAUACUACAUGCUUCAUCCAGGAUACGCCUAUUAUGACUCCCCGCUAUUCAUGCCCGCCAGAAGUGCUUCCGUUCGAAUUUACAGCGCGUCUGGAAAAACUCGUUUCAUGUUGAGUUAUGCUUAUAAGUCUUUAAGCAGCUACCAACAAGUCACCAAGAAUACCGGCGAGUACUUCCCAUUGAGCAGUGUGACUGGAAAUAGUUAUUACACAAUUUCCAGUGUGUCUGAUCAGGUAGUCGCAAGUACGGCUCAAACGAUAAGUGCCCCAACAGAUGGCUACCUCCAUGACGUCUUCGUAUACGACGGAGAUAACAUAAAUACUGCCAACUUCCUUGGAAACCUUGAUUCCCUGGUAAAUGGACGAGUUCCAUCCACUGGGAGGAGUAUCUCUCUUGUCAACUUGUAUAACUCCGCCCCACCCUCUUACUUCCUCGGAAACGAUGCAUCCACAGUAGAGGGACUGAACAAGUUCUUCACCAUAAUUGUGAACAGUCAAUCGACAGUUACGGCGUCCAUGUCAGAUACUACCGAGUUCGGAGCAGCGUUCACUUUCAUUUGUUUGAAUUGUUCUACAUUCUGGUGGACUCAAAUGCAGUUUGAUUCAAUGUUUACGACUGCUAGCAGAGGAUACAUUAGCUUCCAAGGGCAGACACCGACGCAUAGAAGGGAGAAGUUGAUUAGAUAUGACCCUCCAACCUUCUCCUCGAACUAUCUCCCUCAAAUCCUUCCCACCGAUAUCUUCACAAUCAAUCUCUUCAAAGCACGUGUCCUCUUCAACAUGACCACUUCUGCAUCUGUCGCCAACUAUAAUCAAGCGUACAACGGUCGGAAGGGAUACAUCUUUGCUCCAGCUUUAUGGACUUCAGGCGGCAACAAUUUCGCCUUUGAUUUCCGGGAUGACACUCAACAGUACAAUUAUACACUGAAUUUCAAUACAAUGUCAUUCCCUGUGAAUGGUGACAUCUUGACACUGAAAAUAGGACCAAGCUCCGGAGCACCGACGGUGGAUAAUCAGUAUCCACGGGAUCAAUUCGGAAGCGGUGUGGUUUCAGCGAAUGGAAAUUAUAUGCAAGUCGGGCUUACUGCGUCGAGUGCAGCUGAUGUUAGGCUGUCUUUUGAGAUCUCCCCACCGGGUACAGCUGUUCCUACCACCACUACUACUCAAGCAGUUCCUGUUGUUACCACUGCAAAGGUUACUGUACCUGUAGUGACUACUGUAACCAGCACUAGUGCUCCACCACCACCACAAUCUUCUUCUUCUUCUACCGUAACCCCAUCUGGAUCUACGACUACUGUAGCGACGACACAAACAGCGACUGUUCAAACUACAACUAAGGGAGCGAUGAACAAAGGAUUUUCAGCAUUUUUAAUGAUAGUUUUUGUGGCGCUUUUUUAG